UUAAUAGUUGUGAAUGCGUCGGCUUCCCUUUUUAAAGCUGGUAAAAGUUCUCUUAUAAAGAAUUCUUGUAAUAAUUUGGCGGAUUUACGAAGCUUGGUGUUCCUAGUUGCGCAAAGUUGUUCAGCUUCUCUUUUGAGAGUUGGUCACA